ACCGAGUUGUGCUAGUGCCCGGUCCCGCUGCUCCGUCGUUCGUGACAUAAAUAAACUCGUGGACGGUCAGAGUGUAAUAUAUUGUGUACAUCAGUCGCAUGUAUAUAAAGCGAUAUCUCGUGCACUGAGACUCGCCGCUGUGCGCAGAGUGCAUGCGUUGGUCUCCGCGUCUCUCUUGUGAUCCGUUCCUCCGGGGGACACGCUCGUUGAAUACGCGCGUUAGGAUACGCACAAUGGAGACCCUAUUGCCCGGUAGCACCGCCGCUGGCCAGUCGUACACUCCGCAGUUGAAGACCGUUCUCAAGACCUAUCAGCUGUCAGCUGUCAAGAGCCUACAGGGCCCCAGCUCGGCCCUGCUGGGCAUGGAUUGUAAGGCCCUGCUGCACGAGCAACAGUCGUGCUUCUCGCCACCCGCCAUCAACAGUCGUCCGGCAGCGGCGGCCAACUGCGGCCAACUGGAAUCGCCCGUGGAGUCGCAACCGUCGAAGGAGAUAGUCGAGAAGGAGAUUCGCGAGACGUCGUCGGGACGCACGUUGACCCCCGUCCCGAAGGCACCCCGCUCGUUGGAGGACUCUGACGAGGAUCGUCCACCCGCCGCGGUGGUGGAUCGUCCGAAGGUCGUGUGCGAGAAGCGCGAGCUCGAGUUUCAGAUACCGAUACUCACAGCACCUGAUCAGAGCUGCUCCGAGAGAUGCGAGACGAUCCUCGAGGGCGAGAGGAUCUCGUGCUUUGUAGUGGGUGGCGAGAGAAGAUUAUGCCUGCCGCAGAUAUUGAACACGGUGCUGCAGGACUUCUCCCUGCAGCAGAUCAAUCAGGUGUGCGACGAGCUACAGAUUUACUGUUCACGCUGCACCCGGGAUCAGCUCGAGGAGCUUAAGCAUUCCGGCAUCCUGCCGCGCAACGCGCCAUCCUGCGGUCUCAUCACCCAGACCGACGCCGAAAGGCUCGUCAGUGCUUUGCUAUUACGAACAGAGUCUUGCGAUCCUUCCCAGAUCGGUUCAGCGCAGGACUGUCUUGAUAAGAAACCGUGUAAGAGCGAGGAGGAGGAGGAAGAGGUGAUUGUUAAAUUUAAAGUGUACCAUGAAUGUUUCGGCAAGUGCAAGGGUAUCUUCGAUGCGAAACUGUUCGAAACGGACGAUUCAGUGUGUAUUGAGUGUCUGGAGUGUGGCUAUCAAUUCUCUCCUCAACGCUUUGUGAGACACGCUCAUAGAUCUCUGGAGAAUCGCACCUGUCAUUGGGGUUUCGAUUCCGCCAAUUGGCGGUCGUAUCUAUUGCUCUCUCGUGAACAGCAACACUACAACAAAUCGCUCGUCCUUUUUCGAGAGCUGAAAGAGAGGCAUCUUGUGCUAAGCUCCAAGCGAAAGCUAGAGCUGAGACACGAACACGAGAGAUUGAUCAAACGCACAAAAAAGGACAUAGGAAAGGACGAUUGCGCUGGCAUCUACAAUGGCAAUGGACUGGCAAUGUACCAUCCUGUAACCCAAAUUGCCACUGAUUCGUACUUGCAGAUGCAAUGGGCGAAUCUUUUCGAGCUCGCUGCAAGAGGUGCAGCCUUUCAAUCAUGGAAUACUACGAGCAAUUGCAAGCACAGAGACAAUUCGUCAUUGGUGCCUGCAUAUCUCAGUCGAGGCCCACCUGUACUGCAACAUCCGGAGCGAGUCAUUCCGCUUUCGGAGUGUGAGCGAUUCGAGCCGCAUUUUCAACCUAAUGUGGCGUUGGCGCCUAUACCGGCACCCGCACAGAUAGGUCAGAUACCGCCACCCUCGUCUGUUCAUCAGCAACGACGGCAUCAUCACGAGCAUCGCCGUCACAGUCACCGCUCCUCGAGUCCCACUUGUGAGAAACAGGAACUGUUGUCCGCUAGCAUUAAAACGGAGAAAAUGUCUCCGAGUCAAGCGCCGGUGAUCGAUUCUUAUCCCCUGUAUUAUGUCUCCGAGGAAAAUCAGAAGAAGUCGACGCCGUCAAAGGACAAGAAGGAGAAGGAAGGCGGAGAGGAAGAGGAGAGCAGUGCAGCGGUGACAUCAUCCACCGUGAGUGUGGAACCUACACCACUGGCGGCCUCCUCUGAGGUCGGCACCUCGUCGCCGUCGGAAAGCGAUUCCGAUACGGACGGCACCGCGGCGGCGGAUCUUGAGGAACGAUUGAGGGCAUUGGACGUGCCACAGGACGUGAUAGAACUGGCACGUCGCGUGGCGUUGGAGAACACGCAGCUGCGACGUCAUCGGCGAUCGGACGCUCGCGAGAUCUCGAAGUUACGCAGUCAAUUGCACAUGCAGAAAUUACAACAACAACAGCAGCAGCAGUCCCCUGUCGUCGUCGACAACGAUGAGAGUGAUCAAGACAAAAAGGAGGACGUGACAGCAAUAACGGCGACGGCGACAGCGACGGCGCCACGUUCUAGUGCAGCCGACAGCACCGAGGGUGACAACGAGGAGACCGACGCUACGAGUUUACCAUCGAACAAUAAAGAAUCUGAGCCUGUCAGCGUGCUGACGACGAAUAACGAGUCGGAUCAGUGAUUAGGAUAACGCGGAAGUUAUUUAACACACACACGCACACAUAUGC